AUGGCCACUUGUCAUAUCUUCGGCUGCCGCCGUGUGGCAUUCGCAAACUUAGGGGAGAGCCACACGGCAACUUCGGAGUCCAGGGAUCCAUUCCUCUUCUCCUCUCCAGGGGAAUGCUUUCCAGAUCAGACUGUUCGACAUGCUCCACACUUCACAGAGGUCACAGUGUUACCUGGCACAUAAUAUUUUUAAUAAAAGUUUAUUAAAGUAUGAUGCUUUGCGAUAGUGUUUUGGUCCACCAAAUAUAUAUCUUCCUGGUAGUAGGUGCCCUGUCAUGGUUUUGGUUGCCCUAGAGUGCGUUUAGGCCCCAGGGAGAGUGCGCAGCUUAGCGGACAGGGGCACAUGUACGAGUGUGGGAUGGAUGGUGCAUGAUUGGCUAUAUGCUACAUGUGGGAGUGUGAGAUGUGAGGAAGUGGGUGGUGACAGAAUAGACUGACCUCAGUGCCGGGCCAGCAACAAGUUUCCCACCCACCCUCCCUUUGCUGCUUUGGGCCCGGGGGUUGUCACAGCGAGGUGGGGGUGUGUCCUUGCCAAAUAAGGGAUGGUUUGGUAGAUUAGAUGAAAAAGGGGGAUAAUGGCCGGGUCUCAUCCUCCCCCUGUCUCUUAUGGUGAACCUGGAGGAGGUACCAGGUUGGACGUGUCCCCUCUUGGUUGUAAGUCGACCAGUGGGGAGCAUUAUAGUUGGGCCCCACCGAGUUGGUGGGGAGCCCUGAAAAGGAAGAUGUUUUUAUUAUGCCGAGGGGGGAGGUGAGAGCCUUGGGGAAGUUAGAUUGGCAAGGACGGUUUCUUUGGUUACUGUAUGACUAUAUGCAAAUUGUUUAUGUUAAUUUAUGAUAUUUAUUAUUUUGUUAUAUGUUAAAGGAGUCAUACAGUAUUUGAUUGUGUUAAUAAAUGCUGUGGCCUGUUUUCUCCAAGAAGUUGUCUGUCGUUAUUUGAAGGGGUAAGUUAUGGUUUUAUGGGGGAUGAAGGGAAUGCUAUCCAAUGCCCACUACGUACAUACAUGUUAUUGUUUCCAUUUUCCUGACUGGCUUGGUCUGACCAUUCUGUUUAUCUGGUGGUAUCCCACCUUGGCUUUUCUUAUCGUUUUAUUUAAUAUCUGGAAUCCUUGACCUCCACUUGUUUUUAUGACUUUGUUAUUAUUUUGUUGCUAUUAACUUGCUAUUUGCCUAUCGUCAGUGGUGUAUCCUGGUUUUGUCCUAGGCAGGACAAAACUCAGGCGCCCCCCAACCCCCGCGCGCGACCCCCACCCAUCCCUUCCCCCGUCCCGCCUUCUAAAUACACACACACACAUUCACUGACAAACACACACUCACUGACACACACAGACACAUACUCACUCACUAGCAGACACACACUAGCAGACACACACUAGCAGACACACACUAGCAGACACAAACACUCACUGACACACUCACAGGCAAACAUACACACACAGUCAGACACACACACACAAACAAACACACUCAUUCACUCACUGAAACACACACUCACUAACAGACACACACACUCACAGGCAAGCACACACUCACUAACAGACACACACUCACUAGCAGACACACACACUCACUGACACACAUACACACUAACAGACACACACACACUAACAGACACACACACACUAACAGACACACACACAACAGACACACACACACACUAACAGACACACACACACACUAACAGACACACACACUAACAGACACACUCACACACUAACAGACACACACACACACACUAACAGACACACACACACACUAACAGACAUACACACACUCACAUUAACACAUUUAUUUAUUUUUAACCCCCCCCCCUUCCUUACCUUCGUGAGUGCUGGGGGCGGAAGGGGUUCUCUAUCUCCCUGGGGGUCCAGUGGCUGCUAGGCGGGCGGCGUUGGCGGGCGGCUGGCGAGGGAGCUCUUCCCCUGAGCACUCUGCUCAGCUCCCUCGCGAGCCUCAGAGUGAGGCUGGGAGCCGGAAUAUGACGUCAUCAACCCGGCUCCCAGCCUCACUCUGUGGCGCGUGAGGGAGCUGAGCAGAGUGCUCAGGGGAAGUGCUCCCUCGCCAGCCGCCCAGCCGCCCAGCCCAGCAUGUCAGUUAGCCGCAAGGCUAACAAGGCAUUUGCCCUGGGCAUCUGGGGGGCGGCUUUUUUUGCCGCCCCCUGGAAAAUGCCGCCCAAGGCAAAUGCCUUGUUUGCCUCGCGGCUAAUACGCCCCUGCCUAUCGUGGACAUUACGUUAAGCCGGGCUAUUUUCAGGCCAAAUAAUACAUAUCCUCUUCUACCUAAUUACCUUUUAUUCACUUUCUAUUUCAUUAUUCUCUACAUCAGGGGUUCCCAACCCAGUCCUGAAGUACCCCCUAACAGUCCAAACUUUAAAGAUUGCCCAGUUGUGUCUAAGGUUUUAAAGAAAAGAAAAAAAAACACUUUAGACACAACAGGCUAAUCCCUAAAUCCUGGACUGGUAGGGGGUACUUGCUCUAAAAUGUACCCUUGGCAGCAAUUCAUAUAAGUAUCAGCAAUCAUUUUAUAUUCUAAAUGUUAGAAGGGAUUAGUUACUACUUAAUCUGACUAUCUUUGGUUUAGUAUACUUUUCUACACAUUAUCCUUUUAACAUCAUGUACGCAUAGGAAUAUAUGUAAACACAAGAAAUAUACAUAAAUAUAUACACACACACACACACAUAUAUUUGUGAAAUGCUUAUACCUUACAUUAAGUAUAAGCUAAAGCAAUCACAGUCAAUCUGUAUAGGAUUCAUUGAAACAUUAAAGGGACACUCCAGGGUGCCAACUCCCACUACUCUUAACCCUGCAACUGUAAUUAUUGCUGUUUUUUUAUAAACUGCAAUAAUUACAUUGCAUAGUUAACUCCACCUCUAGUGGCUGUCUACUAGAAGGGGUGGGCACUUCCGCAUUGAUAGCAAAGAUUUUCUUUGCUAGAGCGUCGCUGGACGUCCUCACGCUGUGUGAGGACCUCCAGCGUCGCUCAAUUCCCCAUACAAAAGCAUUGAAAAUCGUUUUCAAUGCUUUCCUAUGGGGAGACCUAAUGCGCGUGCGUGGCAUUGCUGCACAUGCGCAUUAGGUUUCCUCAGCCGGCGGGCAGGAUCAGUCUCGCCCACCGCCUGACGCAAUUAUUGGGAGGAGCGAUGCCGACCCGAAACCACUGCCGAGAGACAUCGGCAGGGUCUCAGGUAAGUGACCUGAAGGGGUGGGAGGGAAAGGGUACAUGCAGUGCCAGGAAAACGGAUUGUUUUCCUGGCACUGGAGUUUCCCUUUAAAGGGACACUAUAGUCACCCAGACCACUUCAUCUCAAUGAAGUGGUCUGGGUGCCAGGUCCCCCAGGUUUUAACUCUUCAGAUGUAAACAUAGCAGUUUCAGAAAAACUAUGUUUACAUUGCAGGGUUAAUCCAACCUCUAGUGGCUGUCUUGCUGGACUGUUAGAAUGCGCGUGUGGCUCUUGCCGCGCAUGCGCAUUCCGCUCCACUCGGGAGCUGACGUCGGCGGGGGAGGAGAGGUCAUCAGCGCCAAGGGGGCCCGGCGCUGGAUUAAGGUAAGUGGCUGUAGCGGUUUUAAUCCCUUCAGCGCCACGGGAGGGGGACCCUGAGGGUGAGGGUCCCCCAAGGAUGACAUAGUGUCAGGAAAACGGGUUUGUUUUCCUGACACUAUAGUGAUCCUUUAAUGGAGCUAAUUUUUGCUUAUUGAAGCCAACAACCAAAAUUACUUGAUAAACUGAUUUUCUACAAAUGAAUAAACACCCUAAUACCUAACAAACGUAACAAUGUGCAUGAUUAAAAUAAAUACCUUGUACAGCUCACUAGACUUAUGCACAGCAGAAAAUUUUGGUUUGGCCGAAUAACUUUGUCUGAAAAUGUAUUUUUGUUCUGGAAGGCGAUAGUUGUGAGCAUGGCAGUUCGGCUCAUCUGAAUAUCAUCCAGACAAUAUAUUGAGGAAAUCCAUUCAGCCAACCAGACGGUGACAUCGCUGCUGUGAGUCCGGGGGGUAGGGGGCAGGCAAAGAUGAGUUUAACCUACCUUAAUCUGUCCCUUGCGGGCGCCACUACCUUCUUCCCCUUCUGCUCUUGGCACUUCAGCAUGCUCAAGAGUACAGCUGUAAUAACUUUAAGCAACUUUUGUCUAACAAAUUCAAAACAAAGACCACUUACCAGGUCAAGAGGUUAAUUUUCAAGAAGAAAGAUUAAUUUUAGGGAAUCCAAGAGAGUCGUUUAGGUGAUAAUCCAGGUCAGCAGCAAAUGAGUAGUCGUUAAGGGAGUGGUUUAGUCCGAUCCAGGUCGAUAUCAGGUAAGUAAUCCGAAGGUAGAUCCAAAAGAAGGGUUAAAGUUCAAUCCGGUCAGGUAAUGAAAGAGCAAUUAGGUAAGAUUAGAAUGGUUAGAAAGGAACCUAGAGGAUAAGAAUAGGUUUCAGCUGCACACGGAAUUAACACAUUAACACAUUAACACGGGAAUUAACACAUUAACACAGGAAUUAACACGGGAAUUAACACAUUAACACGGGAAUUAACACAUUAACUAUGUGCGGAGGCAUUGACGUUGAACGUUUCAAUACGUAGGGGUCAGGGGUUCUCUUAAAGGGGUAUAGAUGAAGUUCCAUUAAGAAAGAACCAUUAAAGAAACCGUUACAACAGCAUUGAGAUCUAUGGAGGGUCCUGCCAUAGACAGAGCCAAUUCCAAGCGGCUGUCACUGGGGACGGCUGGGGGAUUACCACUUCUAGAUGAUGAUAGCUCCGCCCAGUAUCUAGAAUUGUGAGCCGUAGAAAAAUACUGAGAGAAAGUAGUCCUUAUAUCUUUUAACUCGUUGUAAUUUCAGUGACUUCCAACACAGUCAAUAUGAGGAUUUUAUAAAGAUUUAUCUUAUUAAAUACUCACUCUGAAUGGCGAUUCUCAAACUAGUUUUCAAGACCCGCCAACGGUUUAAGAUUUAGGGAUUAAACAUUAAGAAUUUAACAAACACUGAUAGCUUUUGAGUCAGGCUGACAAAUUAUUGUUGCAAAUCUUCAUACUUCCAUUUUUCCUGCUUCCAACACAUGAAAUUUAAGAACUUAUUGUUCACUUGCUGCCCCUGACAGGCUCCAUUGUAACGAUAUAAUCACCGUUAUUCACUUCACCUGAGACGUGGUUUUAAUGUUGUGGCUACACACGAUAUUAGCUAUAAUAUAUUCAGCUUAGUUGAAUGAGUAGUAUGGCAGCAUAUUGUAAGAUAAGACAUAGUAAUUUUACAUGAUUUGUGUUCAUAGAAUAUUAAGGAAUCCGAUACACUUACCAUCAUAACCUCUUUGAAGGACUACACGUCGUCCAUCAACUCUAGCAGAUAUCAAGUGGGAGAAAUGCUGUCCAUCUUCUACAUUCUGGGAAACCUGACUGAAGCAGCUGUGCAGUCGAAUUUCCGUUUCAAUGUGGACACUGUAAAGGUGAGUGGACGGUGUCCGUAUAAUAACGCACUGUUUGACUACUGUGUUUGUUCCAGAAACAAUGAACUUUGGGCAAAUUAAUGAGUUAAAGAAUGUAUUCCAAAGUAGCCAAGUCAGGAAAAAAUAGAAUUUUAGAAUGUUUCCACAUUCUGUUUUGGAUUAAUUUCUGAUUUUACAAUAUAGUGAAUAGACUUGUGUACCUCCUGUUUUCUGCAACACUGGCUAGCAAUGAUGUGAAUUGGAUUUAAUGUUGUUUAUCUCUGUAAUAUAUUGCAGACUGUGGGAUACCAAGUACAAUAGUUGUAAGAGUUACCUACUUGUUCUCCCCCCACACCAUUUAAAGUCUGUGACGACAUACCAAGGUUGCCAACCCCUCCUCUCAUAUAGCUGGGCUUUAAGAGACUCCAAGAUUUGGAGUGUCCCUUUAUUUAAUUUUAUAAAAAAGUGCAGAUUUGAAUAGAAGUGGACAGUUUUAUAAAUAAACCUUGUUACACACCCCUGGCUGUCAAUCACCCCUGGCUGUUACUUCCUGGUUUGUUUAGCUCAGUGGAGAUAAACUCAAGAGGCAGCAAUUGCCCGGAGCACCUGCCUUGCAAAGACUUCUCAUUGAGCUGCAAUGGGAGGUCUGUGAUUGGACAGCCACAUAGAGUCUGGGCGGGGUUAGAAGGGGAGGGCUUGCAAGGGCAGCAGACAAGCUGUUUUUAGAUAUACUUGAAAUUAAAAUUAAAUGUAUAAACAGUGAUUUAUUUUUAUUUUAGUAGUGGGUUGUCCAUUUAGCAUGUACUCAGUAGAGGAGGACAUUGUGGAAUGUAGAAAUCGUUUUGUCGCCCAUUAACUUUUUAAAAUGUCUGUCUUUUUAUGGGUGUGAAUUUGCACUUCGUGUUGGAUUUUCACAACCACAAUAUGGUGCCCUAAUUUGUAGAAUUAAAUCUCAGUGAUGUUGUUACUUGGUUUAUUUAUUGGCUAAGGACACCUGCUGUAAAAAUCUCCCUGCUCUGCCUACGUAAUAAACCCAGGUGGAUAUACUGUAUGUGUAUUCUUGUUCAUUGGCCAAUUUGUGCUUUUUAAAUAAUUUCCAAAUAAUAUAUCUAAUUUCCAUUGUUUUCUGCAGAAUGUCGGGUACAUAGCCAACCAGCUUUUUAGUGGCCUUUCCACUGCGCCCUCGACGAGUGUAAAUAAUAAUCUGGGUCCACAGCUCCUGGGUCGUCUAGAGAAUAUACUUGCUGAGAUGGAAGUCACAAAUGAAUCUUUUAACAUAUAUUAUGGGAACGUGGACCUCCAGUGCUCUGUGGCUUCUUGCGAUGACAUGGAUAAUGGGGCUGUUUUGGUACUUGACUCGAGUUCCAGUGUAUCAUUGCCUCGUUAUGACGCUGAGCACAAUCCAAAAGAUUGUCUUGUAAAUGUAUUGUCCAUGUCUUACACUCCAGAACAUGGAAGCUUUAAUGCUGAAUAUGGCAAUCAAGAAAGCGUUUCUCAGACCUAUUUUGUGGCCAGUAAGAUAAUGACACAAGUUUUCAUUUUAAAUAACAGGAAUUAUCAUGAUGUCAACAUCAACUUAACCUUUACUUGCACAAACAAAACAUGUAACGAAACGGCACUAUGCGUUUUCUGGGAUUUUCUCUCUAAUACAUGGUCAUCAGAAGGGUGCAACACAGAGGUCACCGGUGGAAUCACCAGCUGUGUCUGCAGUCAUCUCACAUCCUUUGCAGUAUUAAUGUCAAAUUCAGUUCUCGAUGACCCAUUCCAAGCUAACAUCCAGGAUAUCAUCACCAGAGCUGGCCUUCUAAUUUCCAUAACGUCCCUAGUUAUCUGCAUCACAUUUCAAAUAAUUCUCUUAAGUCAAUCAUGUAACAUUAUGGCUUCCUAUAGACAUAUCUGCACACUAAACAUAUCUGUUUUUUUGCUAAUAAGCAACAUUUCUUUUUUAGCUUCUAGUUUUCUCGACCCAGUUGUACAAAAGGAUAUAUGUGUUGCUUUUACCUUAUGUACACAUCUUUCCACUCUGGGCUUCUUCUGCUGGACCUUGGUCCAAGGACUUUUCUUGGCAUGCAGAUUAGUGUUCGUUUUCCACCAUGUUACCAAGAGAGAAUUCAUGUCCCUCUCCAUAGUAUUUGGAUAUGUGUGUCCAAUCAUUAUAGCAACAGCCACCUAUCUGGUGUACUCGCCAAAUAAUAAUUACCGAAAGUACAAUGCAUGUUGGCUGGAUGGUAAUUCUGGGGCUUCCCUGGCAUUUACUGUCCCAAUAAUAAUAAUUAUGUGUGUAAAUUUCCUGGUACUGAUUGUAGUGAUACAGAAACUUCUCAGACCGUCCAUUUCUGAGGGAAGCAGUGAGGAUGUGGAGGUUGUGAAGAAACUGGUGAAAGCAGUCGUCUUUUGCACGCCUCAGUUUGGGUUGACCUGGGCUAUCGGUAUUCCGAUGUUUGCAAAUAACUCCCUGGUUUUACAAUACAUGUUUGUACUACUGAAUCCACUCCAGGUCAGUAAAUAUUUAAUAACUAUUGAUCAACUGUCUAUUUUGGGAAAAAAAAUACUUGAUAAAAGUACAGCAUAUUAAAAAAAAAAAACAAGAAUUCAUUAAUAUGAUAUACAAAUCUAGCUAUAGUAAUCUAACAGGCCUGGUAUAUUCACUUUUAAAGAUUAAAAUGGGUUGUAUCAUCCAUGAUGACUCUUGGUACAAAACUUAG